AUGGAUGAAAAUGAAAAUAUUGUUUCAAUAUUGGAAUCAACAGCAACAACAACAUUAAGUAAUACCGAUACUAACAUAUCAACAACAACAGCUGGUAGAACAAUCACAACUACCAUGGUUCCACCAAAUUUAUUGAUAAAUCCAGGUGCUGAAUCAGGAUCACUUCUUGGUUGGAAUCAAACUGGUUCUUCUCCUGCCAUUGUUGAUUCAAAUGGACAAUUCAAUGAAAAUUAUUAUCCACAUACUGGAAAUUUUUGCUUUGCAGGGGGAUACGGACCUGAUUCGCCAUCAAGAUUAACUCAAAAUGUUAAACUAUUGGGUGGUGUACAAGGUUUUACGGCAAGUCAACUUGAUGCUGGUUCUCUUAGAGCGGAACUAAGUUUUUACUAUCAAACUUGGUAUAACAUAUUGCUCCCUUAUGAUCUAGUUCAAGUUAGUUUAACAUUUCGAUCAUCUGCUUCUAUAUUGAGCACAGCGGAUUCUGAAGAAAAAACUUGCACGACGUCCAAUCCAGGAUGGUGUCGUCUCAUCAAUACGUUCCCAUUACCCAGAAAUGUACGAAGUAUUGAUUAUACGAUGACAUUUAUUCGUAAAGAUGUUGUAGGCAGCAAUAUAGACUGCUAUGUUGAUGACAAUUCAUUGAGAAUUAUAUAACUAUUUUUCUUUUCUUCUAAACUGAGACAAUUAUAUUGAUCAAUGCAUUGUUUUCUCAUAUAUACUUUCUGCAACAUUUUUUCAAUAGACUAUCAUUAACAGUCAUGUUAGACACUUUUAAGAAACGAUUUACCCAAAAUAAAACAUCACUUAAAUCGAUGGAUUCUUUAGUAUUGAAAGAAAAUGAAACGCUUUCUCCAGUUGUUUCUCAAAAUGAUGGUAAUAACUUUACUUUCAACUGACAGGUAUUAUAAUUAAUAUAAGUUUUUCAUGCUUUUUAAUUCUCUUCCUGAUUAAUUUAUUAUAAAAAUAAAGAAUUUUUUUUUCCUUCGUUUUCUUCUCUUUUACGCUUGUGACGUUUCGUUGUUGAAAACAACUUCGUCAGACGAUGUUAAAAUGAACGCACAUACAACUUGAAACAAAAUAUAUAGAUA